AUGGGGUUUUCAAGGGGUUUUAAUUUUGCAGAAGACGAGGAAGAAGAGAAAGGAGAGCAAAUAUUAUUGGAGACAAAGCUCUUGGCUUCUGCAAGAACUUCUUCUGCUUUCAUGGCUUCCAGUAUUCAGGGAAACAACCAACUUGAACACCAACAACAACAACAACAACAUCAUCAUCAUCAACAACAACACCAUCAAAUACAAGACCAUCAUCAACAUCAACAUCAUCAGCAGCAGCAGAUUCAGUAUGGCAUGAUGCAGUCAUCAUCCUCCAAUAUUCCUGCUGGGAACUUCAUAAGCAAAGACAGUGGAGCUUAUGAUUUGGGAGAAUUAGAUCAAGCCCUUUUCCUCUACCUUGAUGGACAGUCACAAGACCAUCACAACUCAUCCUCAACUGCUACUGUUACUACCACCCACCAUCUUCAUCAGGACACCCAACGACAUCAUCAAAAUAACUCCUUAUCUGGAAUGAGGCCUCCAACUUUGAAUAUUUUCCCAUCGCAGCCUAUGCACGUAGAGCCACCAUCAACCAAAGCAGCUGGUACGGGAUUAGUUUCUCCUGCAGCAACGAGUGGUUCAAAGAGACCAUCAGAGCCGUCCAUGGAGUUGGCCAACCCUCGCAAUGAUGCUUCUGCUCCUGCUCCUUCGUCUCGCCCUCAAGAACCUGCCAAAGCUAUCAAGCGUGAGGGAAACCGCAAGGGUCCAACUACAUCAAGUUCAGAGCAAGAAGGACCCAAAACACCAGACCCUAAGACACUGAGAAGGCUUGCUCAGAAUAGAGAGGCAGCCAGGAAAAGCAGGCUUAGAAAAAAGGCUUAUGUUCAGCAGUUAGAGACAAGUAGGAUUAAGCUUACUCAGCUGGAACAAGAGCUGCAGAGAGCUAGAUCUCAGGGCAUGUUCUUUGGAGGAGGUAUUGUAGGAGGAGAUCAACAAGGCCUUCCUCUUGGUAUGAACAGCAUUAGCUCAGACGCGGCAGUUUUCGACAUAGAGUAUGCAAGGUGGCAGGAGGAGCACCAUCGUCUCAUGUGUGAGCUUCGAGCAGCGGUGCAAGAGCAUCUACCGGAGAAUGAGCUGCGGCUGUUUGUGGACAAUUGCUUAGCACACUACGAUGAAGUGAUGAACCUCAAAAGCAUGGUUGCCAAGACAGAUGUGUUUCACAUUGUCUCUGGCAUGUGGAAGACUCCAGCUGAGCGAUGCUUCAUGUGGAUGGGUGGAUUUCGGCCCUCUGAGGUCAUCAAGAUUAUUCUGAACCAAAUUGAGCCAUUAACGGAGCAGCAACUAUUGGGUAUUUGUGGGCUACGACAAUCUACACAGGAAGCUGAAGAAGCUCUCUCCCAAGGGCUUGAAGCUCUCAACCAGUCUCUCUCAGACACCAUAACCUCGGAUUCAUUGAGCUGCCCUCCUAACAUGGCCAACUACAUGGGACAGAUGGCUAUAGCCAUGAACAAGCUGUCCACCCUUGAAGGCUUCGUUAGACAGGCUGAUAAUCUGAGGCAUCAGACGAUUCACAGGCUGCAACAAAUCCUGACCACCCGUCAAGCAGCUAGGUGUUUGCUGGCAAUGGCUGAGUACUUCCAUCGUCUCAGAGCUCUCAGCUCUCUCUGGAUGGGUCGUCCUCGACAAGAUCAGUCAUAA